AAACUCAGCGCUCUGAGGCUUGCGGUCACUGCUGGCUGGUGUUUGUGUAGAAAGGUCUCUCCUCUCACCAGGUCCCUAACUCCUGGUCUGCCCAGCAUUCGUGUGUCUGACCUAGGCUUUUUGCCCAGGCGCUGACACACCUACCAUCCUCUCUCCAACGGAUCGCUGGCCUCCCCGUUCCUGCUCCUGUCACCUGGAAUCAUGCCUCUGGUAAGCCAGAAUGCGCGCCACGGUAGUGCAGAGACCACUGCAGAUUACGGCGACGGCUGGGGUGAGAUGCAGGCCACUAACACCUCCGGGUCCCCUACCUCCAUGCUAGCUCCCGAUGACCCCCAGGGCCCUCUGGCGCCAGUUGAGCCUCAGAGUACCAGCGCUUCCCAGGCAGCGCAGGACCCGAGUGACCUCGAGGUCCUGAUCGACGAGCAGUCCCGACGUUUGGGGGCGCUCAGGGUCCACGACCCUCUAGAAGACAGGUCGAUUGCUUUGGUGAAUUUCAUGCGAAUGAAAAGCCAAACCGAGGGGUUUAUCCAGCAGACAGAGAUGCUGGAGUUCCUCAGAGAAUACUCAGAUCAAUUCCCUGAGAUCCUCAGACGAGCCUCAGCCCACCUGGAUCAGGUGUUUGGGUUGAACCUGAGGGUUCUUGAUCCUCAGGCUGACACCUACAACCUAAUCAGCAAACGGGGUCUGCAGACCACUGAUCGGAUUGCAGAAUCCCUGGACAUGCCAAAGGCAGGUCUCCUGGCUCUGGUCCUAGGCCACAUCCUUCUGAAUGGCAACCGGGCAAGAGAGGCCUCCAUUUGGGACCUGCUUCUCAAAGUUAAUGUAUUGGAUGAGCCCCAGAGGAUCAACAACCUCUUUGGGAACACAAGGAACCUACUCAUUACCGACUUUGUGCACAUGCGAUUCUUGGAGUACUGGCCAGUGUAUGGCACAAAUCCCCUCGAAUUUGAGUUCUUGUGGGGCUCCAGAGCCCACAGGGAAAUCACAAAGAUGGAAGCCCUGAAGUUUGUGGCAGAGGCCCAUGAUGAAGAACCCUGGAGCUGGCCAGAAAAGUAUAGCAAAGCCCUGGAAGCUGACAAGGCCAAAGAGAGAAGCCAGGCUGCUGGCUUAGAGUUCUGGUCAGAGGACACUAUGAACGAUAAGGCCAAUGAGUUGGUUCAGUUGGCCAUUAAUGUCACUGAGGAGUUGCUGCCUAUACAUCAGGAUGAGCUACUGGCUCACACUGGCAAAGAAUUUGAGGACGUGUUCCCAAAUAUCCUCAGUCGAGCUACUCUAAUCCUUGAUUUGUUCUAUGGCUUCUCUCUGAUUGAGGUUGACACCAGCGAGCACAUUUACCUCCUCGUCCAGCAACCAGAAUCAGAAGAAGAGCAGAUGAUGCUAGAGAGCCUGGGGAGACCCACUCAAGAAUAUGUGAUGGCCAUCCUGGGCUUGAUUUUCCUCAUGGGCAAUCGUGUCAAGGAGGCCAGCAUUUGGAAUUUGCUCUGUAGAUUUGGUGUGGACAUGGGGAGAAAGCAUGCCAUCACGUGCAAGCUUAUGAGGCAGCGCUAUUUGGAAUGCAGGCCGCUGUGCUACUCUAACCCAAUUGAAUAUGAGCUUCUGUGGGGUCCUCGAGCUCACCUUGAAACCACCAAAAUGAAAGCCUUGGAGUACAUGGCCAGGAUUUACAGAAAGCGACCACAGGACUGGCCAGAGCAGUACAGGGAGGCUGUAGAAGAUGAGGAGGCCAGAGCCAGAUCUGAGGCAACUGCCAUGUUCUUCUUUGGCCCCAUGUGAAGUCUGGGGGAAAUGUAUCACUUCAGUUGGGUGGCAUCAAUUAAAGGGGCUCUGGGUAAAUGGGCAGUGGGGUCCCAAAUCAGAAGUCAGGCUGGGUUGGGGUUAGAAGUACACAUUGUGCUUGCUAUACGUGUUCCAUUUCUAACAGUAUUUCUUCCUCUUAAUAUACACUUCAAUUAGGUUCAUGAUCAGUGUUUAUAAAUGAAAUUGCUCAUUUACCAUCCCUGUCUGCUCCAGUAUCAAAGUUCAGAUAGCUGUGUAAAAGUAUAUUGGUAAUAUUUACAUCUGUCUGUGACGUGGAAAACAAUAUAAAGUUGUUCUUUACCAUUUCAAACAAUCAGUAAAAUGGUCUGAUACAGGAGUUAAGUAACAAUAGUGACAACACACACACACAACAAAAGCACAGAAUCACGAUCUGUGGUGGAUGACCUCCCUUUGUGUCUACUGUUGUAUAAAAAGAAAAAAAUGACUGGCAUUUACCUGUAUUUGCUUUGCUGUUUCAGAGUGUAGUGAAAAAUAAAAACAUAAUGAAUUA